AUGUUGUUUAUUUCUUCUGGAACUAUUUUCAUUAAGUUUUUGGGCUGUUCUGAUUGUUCAUUGUUUACCCUCUCUUAGGAACACAAUGGGUUUAAUAAUGAUGAAGGGGCAUAGUCGUGUGCCUAUUUACUCUGGAGGGCCCACAAAUAUUAUUGGCCUUAUUUUGGUGAGCACAUAUACUGUCGUAUUGUUAUUAGGAUAAUGAUUAGUCAUGGUUUCAGCCAAAUUUCCUUUCAGUUUAGCAAUCCAAACUUCGACCACAAGAACAUAGCUUAUAGGUCCAACAUUCAGGAAAUUAAAACUGAUGGAAAAUAUUGAUGAGAAGAAUGCAAUUCCAACAAUGGUUUAGCUGUAAUAGUUGCCUUAUCAAUAAUAUAUUUUCGUAGAAAAGUGUUUACAACUAGUUUGGUCUCUUGGGAAUCCAUCCCUGUUUAAUUGCCUGUUACUGAUGUUGGAGUAUAACGGAAAGGCCACAUUGAUUUUAUUGAGACGAUUAAUUAUUAAAAUAACAAUAAAUAACGAUGAUGUGCAAAGUGUAAAUCAAAUAAUUGAGUUUAAAUUCAUUGAGCUGUAUGAUUCACUAUUAGAUGUGUUAUUGAAUUACGGAUGAACGAAUUUUAUAUUCUUUAGGAAGAAACUCCCAUUCAUUCAGAGAUCAACAAUGUUUCAAAUCAGCUAUUUUGAGCACAGAGUCAUCCGCCUCGUCUCCACAACCAUUUGAAAAUAAAGGCUCUAUUAAAAGUAUUUUUUUGGUUAAAUUAACUCCCAUUUUUCCAAAUUUCCCUUUACUUUGUCAGAUGCAAACCUCUUGUAUCUCCACUAGCUACAUUCGAAAAGGUGUCAAGCGGCUUCAACUUGUUUCUGGUAGAUUUGGCAUCUUAAGAUUGACACUAUCCAAAGCUAAGCUGAACAACAUCAGUGUUGAGAGAAUUCUUAUACCUCCCAAAAUACAACCUUCCUACCCUCCAAAUUUCAGGAAAAUCUUGAUAUAUUUAGCGUGGCCAUUUGGUAAAUUUCAUAUAUAUUUCAGAAUUUAUCAAGCAUCCAAAUCAUAUAUAUUAAUGAAAGACAUAAUGUGUCAAUGAGGUGGUAGCGACAGUCCAGUGAUUACGUCACAUUCUGUGGCAAAGUAACUUGUCUCCCAAAUAUUUUGCUUGUCUGUGGCAUUUAUGCUAUUUUUUGGCAUAAUUCAAUAACCUCUAAUAGAUUCCAUGAAUGUUUUAGUUAUCCUGCACAUAUUUCGAAAAUUAAUUGUUAAUUUCUUGAAGGCCUUCAUAAGAAGUAA